CGGAGAGAGGCGGGUCGGUCUUCUGGGCGCAUCCAAUCCUAAUGGCGAAAGAACAACGUCCGCCCACGCCGACGGUGCCUAGCAGACGGACAGUCAGUUGUAAGCCGGUUUCAGUGCAAGCAAGUGCAAAACGGUGCUCAGUGAACUCGCGGCAUGAGGCGUCGCGGCGCGGGUGUUUUCGCUACCGUCGCUUUGUGGACGCUUCUUUGGCAUUUUACGGAUGCGGACUGGUGGCACCUAGGACUCACGAACUCAAUGUUAAAUUCUGUGGAUUUAGCUUCGUCCAGUUUUAGAGAAAGAUGCAACAAAUUAGAGUACCUGAUAGAUCGCCAAAAAGAACUAUGUUCGUUAAAUGACAAAAUAUUACCAGUCCUUGGAGGAGGAGCCAAACUAGCAAUAGACGAAUGCCAAUAUCAAUUUAGAAAUAGUCGAUGGAAUUGCACAUCAUUUCCAGAGAAGAAUUCCACAUUUGGGGCUGUUGUUUCGAUAAAAAGCCGAGAAGCAGCCUACUUAUCUGCAAUUUCUGCAGCAAGUGUAGCAUUCACAGUGACCAGGGCCUGUUCCAAAGGGGAACUACCCCAGUGCUCGUGCGACAACAAGAUUCGACAGAAGAAAUCGCACAAAUGGAAAUGGGGAGGAUGUUCGGAGGACAUCAAGUAUGGCGAAAGGUUCAGCAGAGAGUUCCUGGACGUUCGCGAGGACCCUAACACCGCCACUGGUUUGAUGAACCUCCAUAACAACGAAGCAGGAAGAAGAGCUGUGAGGUCAAGGAUGCAGAGGACUUGCAAAUGCCACGGUGUAUCAGGGUCCUGUAGCAUGCAGAUAUGCUGGAGAAGACUACCUUCCUUCCGGCAAGUGGCUGAAGGGCUCUUCCAGAGGUACGAAGGAGCAUCUCAUGUUAAAUUCGUAGAACGACGAAGAAAAAAAUUAAGAGCCGUGAGCCCCGACUUGAAGAAACCAAACAAGACGGAUCUGGUCUAUCUGGACGAUUCCCCCGAUUAUUGCGAGAAAAAUGAAACGCUAAACGUCUUGGGCACGCGAGGAAGAGUGUGCAAUCGCACAAGCCAAGGAAUAGACGGCUGUAGGUUGCUGUGCUGUGGAAGAGGUUACCAAACGAGGGUGCGCGAAGUCGAAGAGAAAUGUAAAUGCAAUUUUGUAUGGUGUUGCAAUGUAGUCUGUGAGAUUUGCAGAUAUAGAAAGGAGGAACAUGUUUGCAAUUAGACCGAUCCGAAUAUUGAAUUCUUAGACUGAAAGCUUUAUUGUUGUAAAUACAGCCCAAGGGAUGGGCAAUGACAAACUUAUUUGCAUUUAAUUUAUUACUCAAUGCUUAGGAACCCAUCAUUAUGUAAUGUGAUGUUAUUCAAAUGACUAGAAAAUAAGAUUUUGUAACGAAAUUGCUAGGUUGUUUGCUUUAACUUGGACUUGGAAGUACCAAAUUCAGUACAAAUCGAAUAAUAGCAGUUUUCCAAUGAAGUAGACAUUUUAAUAAAAUGUCAUUCCAAUAAACUAAUAAUUAAAUAUUUCAUUUUUUUUUAAUGAUUAUUUUUUGAAAUAAUCAAAUCGCUGUCUUGGUGCAAGACUAUCGAUCCUAACUCGAUUUCGCAAGAAGUCGAGAUAAUCGCCGUCAAAGGUUCUCAUACUCCUUUUAUUUUCGUCAAGUCCAUAAUAUAUUGAAAAUUUAAUGCAUGCUCUCCUAAGUCCUAAAUACGGACAUAGGAUAUUUUCACUACAGUAGAAAAGAUAUUGGGUUAAAGUUAGGAUAGUUUGAAUUUUUUUCGCUUGUCGGACUUGGUAUGAGAAAUACGGAGGAUUAUUUUAAAAACAUUGUCUUGCGAUUGUUUUCCCCGAAUAUCUCAAUUUCAAUAAGAAUUGGACUUAGGAUAGUCUUGCACAAGCCAGCGUUAUAUUCUCACUGUAAAUAAUUUUAUUUUUCAUUUUCGGCUAAGGUUCAAUGUGUUUCUUAAAAAGUUAUCGUAUUCAUUGUUCACAAUAACUUAUAAAAAAUAAUUUUUCAUUCUCUUUCAAAAGAAAUAAUUCCAAAUGUGCAUCUUUUAUGUAAUGUGAAAACUUAUCAACGUAUCAAUACUUGACUUGAAACUGCCAAAUAAAGCAUAUAGUACUUUUGAUAACUAGAGCUUCCUAGAAGUAUCAAAUAUACUUGAGAUAAAUCAUUGUUGCUACU